GCUGCGCUCCAGUGCGCGUACCCGGGCGUCCCACUCCCCUGGUUCACGUGCCACUGGCAGUAAAUAACGCACCCGGAGAGAAUGGAAAUAUUACUUUUAGUGCAAGAAAACCCGGCUUCUAUACAUCUACUAGGAUCCUUGGUCCCACCCGAGGCAGACCCAAGUAGCGUCUGGAGGCCCGGGCGUGCCACAGAACACGCUGCCUGUCCCCUGGCCUCCCAGACCCGCGCCGCCGCACUGGGCGGCUGGAGCUGUGCGCGUCUCCCGACGCUCCCGGGAACUCUAGCAGCGAGUCUGCUCCCGGGGCGGCUCUGGGGAAAAGCGGCCCGGCCGGUGCCGGCCUGUGUUUCCCCGCGCCGGUCGCCGCGGAGCAGGGCGAGCGCGCGCUCACGGGCUCCCGCGCGGGGAUGUGGCAGCGGCGCGGGUCGGAUCACGUUGCCGGCCCUGUGCCGGUACCCGCUAGAGACAGGCUUGAGGAGGGAGGCUCGGGAGGCGCCAGCGGUAGUAAACGUGGGCUCGGCACACUCCCGGCGUGGCUUAUCGCACGGGGGCUGGAGGUGGGGAUCGGAAAAGAACGCAGCGUCACGUGCAACAGCACAAUCGGUGGAAAAGCAACAAGCCACGUUCCCAUUUCUGCACCGUAACGCCUGCCAAGCCAAGGAAGCCCGGGCUGCCCCGCUGCCGGUCCCCUCCCCCCGCAGACUGCGUCGCCUCUGGAGAAUGAAGAGCUUGGCCAAAGUUGUUUUUCUUUUCCGGUGGCCCUGAUCAGGUGUCCCCGCCCAC